AGACAACCUCUCCACCGUUGCUAUUAGACCUUGUAGUACGCUUACCUAGAUCCGAGAGGGACUUUCAGUAUAGAACAUGAUUCCAUGUGGACGGCUUGUAAACAGGAACGAGGAACAGAACGAGAAAUUGGUAAUGUUCACCGAUCAGUCAGAAGAUGCUGAAAGAUGCGAAAGUAUGGAGCUGGACAAUAAAAUCCGGGAUCUGAUUGAAAGAAAUGCUUCUCCUGGUCCAAGAGGGAUCAACCCAGAGGCCACAUCAAGUCGUAGAAAUUCGUGUUCUCCAAAGACUCCAGGAAAAACAGCUUCCGUGCCAUCCUUUGCCCAGGGCUUAUCUAGAAUGAGUGCUGCAGAAAGUUCUACAGAGCAUACAGAGUGUCCUCAAUCGUUAAGAAGAAAGAACUUGACACAUUCUCUUGAACAAAAGAUAAGGUGUUUGGAAAAACAGAGAAAAGAGCUCCUGGAAGUUAACCAGCAAUGGGAUCAGCAAUUUAGAAGUAUGAAAGUAUUAUAUGAAAGAAAGGUCGCGGAGCUGAAAACGAAGCUGGACACGGCAGAACGACGCUUGAAUACACUGGAGAUGGAGCAACCGCAGAACCAGAGACACAGCGACAGGCAGCGUAGUCUGGCCGGGGACGCACGGCAACUGGAAGAGAAGGAAAAGGAAAGCCUAAAUGAAGAGUUGCAUGAAUUGAAGAAAGAGAAUAGACUCUUGAAGGAAAAAAAUGUUCUUGCAAGCAGAAAGAAGGAACAUUAUGAAUGUGAAAUAAAACGUCUCAAUAAGGCUCUUCAGGAUGCAUUGAAAAUGGAAUAUUCUUCAGUGUCUGAGGACUGUUUGGGCAAGUGUGAUGAGGAGAUGAGAACAGAAAUGGAGGUCCUCAAACAACAGGUACAAAUAUAUGAAGAAGACUUCAAAAAGGAGCGAUCGGAUCGAGAAAGACUUAAUCAAGAGAAAGAGGAGUUACAGCGAAUUAAUCAAACUUCUCAAUCCCAGUUGAGCAGGCUGAAUUCUCAGAUAAAAGCUUGUCAAAAGGACAAAGAAAAACUAGAAAAGCAAUUGAAACAGAUGUAUUUCCCAAUCUGUAAAUGUGGCUUGGUUUUCCAACUGCGGGAUUCUGGAGUACCCACACCCCCCAGGGCUGAGCACCAUCAACAAGACCACGCGCCAGACUAUCGGUGGUAUGCGCUCGACCAGUUUCCGCCAGAUGUACAGCACAAGGCGAAGGGUUUUUCCUCAGAAAAGAAAGUCUGUCAGUAGAAGCAACACCAAGGGAGAACAACAGGCCAAGUGAGAACUGGGCCCAGGGCCCCCUUCGUUACUUUGUGGCUUAUUGUCUGACAGCCGCAAACCUUCUACUCCAUUACUCAUGCCCGGAAAUGUUUCCCUUUGGCCUGGAGCGAGGAAAAGACUUCUGACACAGAGGUCCUGAUCAAGUCUGAGGUGGCAGCCGCUGCACAAGCAGAUGUAACCUCCAGUUUCCUCCAAAUGAGACCUGGCGGGUGGGUUGUGUGCCACGCCUUGAUGCAUUCUGCAGCACGUUACUGGAUUCCCAGAGAGGACGCCAUGAUUAAGAGACUCCAUUUUGGACACAGGGACACUGUACGUUGACAUAUGGACUCACAUUCCUUGGGAGAAAGUUUCUCCAGUUGUAUGUUUUCAACAUCGUUUCCAUUUUCUUUCAGGGACUUAUGCAAUUCUUUACCCAGUUUGACUAGAUACUAUGUUCCUCAAUGUUGAAUUCACUUCAGUGAAUCUAAGAUAAGACUGAAGAGGUUUAUGUAUGUCUUUAAGUAAAAAUUAUUCUUUAAAUAGAUUAUGUCUUUCAGCUGA